GGGGCGGCGUCCACGGUGUUCGUGGUGCGCGUGACGCGCGGCCUGCGCGGCUACAACAGCCGCCUGUUCGGCCGCUGGAGCCGCUGGUCCGACUGCUCAGACUCGUGCACCACGCACCGCACUAGGUGGUGCAAAAGGCCUCCUAUGUGUGGUGCCGAUAUUGUCCGGGAGGAGGCCUACUGCUACAUGGAGAACAGUAGCUGCCAGCGCUGGAUCCAGAGGCAUAUCUGGAGGCAGGUGCCCGAUGCAGAAUCUUCACAAGAGUCCGAGGAAAAUGCUCUUGAUGAUGGAAACUCGCUGGAAGCAGAGUCUGAUGACAUCUGGCAGUGUGGAGUGCCUGCAGGGAACAAAGGUAGCCCAGCCUGGUCACUCACGAGGAUUGUCGGAGGAAGGCCUGCGAGCAAAGGCAGGUGGCCGUGGCAAGUCGCUAUACUCAACAGGUACAAGGAAGUGUUCUGUGGAGGAACAUUGGUCGCUCCCCGCUGGGUGCUCACAGCGGCUCACUGCCUGAGGCGCCGCAUGUACGUGCGUCUGGGUGAACACGACAUAUCACAGCAUGAAGGCACAGAAAUUGAAUUAAAGGUGGAGGCAGCGAUCUCACACCCAUCCUACGAUGAUGAAACAGUGGACAGUGACCUCGCACUGCUCCGAUUGCCCUUUGCCAUAAGGCCCAGUCGCUACCAAGGGUUAGCCUGUCUUCCUGAACAGGGGCAAAUCCUUCCUGCUGUUGGCUCAAAGUGUACAGUGAUUGGCUGGGGGAAAGCCCAGGCUCAUGAUCCAUUUGGAACAGAUCUGCUGCAUGAGGUCCAGGUUCCUAUAGCUCGCUUGGAGUUAUGUCGUCGAGUAUAUCGUGAAUACCGGAUUACAGACAACAUGUUUUGUGCUGGUUACCUCAACGGCCGACGUGAUAGCUGUGCUGGAGAUUCAGGAGGUCCCCUUCUGUGUCGCUCUCGAGGGAGAUGGACAAUAUUUGGAAUAACAAGUUUUGGUGAAGGUUGUGGCAAGAAACGACGUUUUGGUAUUUAUACACGUCUCUCCAAUUAUGUUGAGUGGAUACGCGAUGUCAUUGGCAAUGGACAUUAGUCUGAUAGCGCCCACAGAGACCUUUGUUCUGUGUCUUAAUACUGCAUUGCCUCUAUUAUUGCUAUGAGCACUUGUGCCAGUAAACUGAGCUGAAGCAGACACUUCUGAAUAAGAAGAAAAUUGAAUCCAUCAAAUAUUUUUAUUAGUGGCUGUAUCAGCCAUGAUAAUCAUCUCACGAAACAAAAAAAAAAAAAAAAAAAAGCAUUAUUUGCUUAA